AUUGCCUGGUGCUGAGCUCCUCACUCUCGAGCGGGUAUGUGUACCGAGUUUGUCUAUGCCAAGCUAACAUAUAUUCUGAGUCGGGGUAUUGCUGAUAUCAAUGAAACUGGACUGUGGUUUAGCUUGAGUCCAGUAAAUGCUAUAUGAACAAGACGCCUGAGUCAUCUCGCGUGAACUCAAAAAACGUUCUAAACUUUGAAAGAGAUCCAAACUUAAAUUCAUUGUCGUCAUUGUAAACUAUUGAAGAACGAAUAUUAACGCAUUUUAUUACUGUUGAUUUCUCUCCAAAACGUUCAUUUAAAUAUUUUCAAUCUUCACACGCCUCGUCUCUUCACUUUGCCGGCUAUAUUUUCGCGCCAGAAAUGAGAAUCGCUGAAAUCUCGUCGCCGGAGAUCCGGCCAAGCAAUCACGAUCCCCUAUCCCACAUUCUCUCACAUAUUGAAUCAUCAAUCAAAGAACUCGAGUGCUACUCCCCUGAAACUCCGUUGCCCGACUCUCUAUCAUCCGACCUACGAAUCGCCUUGAUUCAGCUCAGUCAAUUGGCUCCGUUCCCGAACUCAGUCAAGCUCCAGAUCUGGAAACUCAGUUACCGCCUCUGGAACGCUUGCGUCGACAACUCCAACGCCGCCGGCGUCAAAUCCUCAAGCCACAAACUUAGCGAAUCACACGCAAAACUCCGCCAAGUCUCCGCCGAUCUCCUCUUCCUCGCCGGCGAAGUUGCCGGAGUUCCAUCUCCAGCUUUCAAGUCCGCUCUAUUCUUUUACAAAACCGGCUUGAUCUGGCACGACCUUCGGAAAUUCGAUCUCGCCAACAAUUGCUUCGAAAAAGCCACCGAUCUCACCUCAAAAACUGAAACCAAUGGAAAAUCAGAAUCUGAAGAGCGAAAACUACUCUUAGAUCUCAAUAUUGCUCGAUCGAGGACGGCCUGGGAGAUUUCAGACCGAAAUUUAGCAAUUACUUUACUUAAUCGAGCGAAAAAUGUACUUUUCGGAAUUGCAGAGAAUUAUAAAACCCUUGCGAACCAGUACUUGAUGUUCGGAAAGAGUAUUCUAUCGAAUAAUGAGGUUAGUGGUGCGAAUGAAGCGGUGAAAUUGAUGAACGAGGCUUUCGAUUUGAGUGAGAAAGGAUUGAGAAUUGUGAAAGGGACAGAGGAAACCCUAGCGUUGAAGGAAUUGAGAUCGAAGACGCUUAGAUUUGUAUCAGCGUCGCAUUUACAGAGAGAUGAGUUCGAGAGUGUGCUGAAAUGUGUUAAGAUUCUAAGAGAUGGCGGCGGGGACCAGCACCCGAGUUUGAGUGUGUUGGCCAUGAAGGCGUGGUUGGGAUUGGGAAGGUAUGGGGAAGCUGAGAAGGAGCUAAGGGGCAUGGUGGUAGAUAAGGGGAUACCGGAAGGCGUUUGGGUGUCUGCAGUGGAGUCAUAUUUUCAGGCAGCGGGAGCUGCCGCCGCAGAGACGGUCAAGGGCUUGUUUUUGGGGCUCUUGGGGAGGUGUCAUGUAAGUGCUGGGGCGGCGAUCAGGGUGGUGAAUAAGGUGGUUGGGGACAGUGGUGGUGGUGAGGGGCCCAGAGUGAGGGCUAAGGUGGUGGCUGAGCUUGUGUCGGAUGAGAGAGUCGUGGCACUUUUUGCCGGAGGGGCCGCUGCAAAGGAGCGGACGGCAAUGCAUGCUCUUCUGUGGAACUGUGCUGCUGAACUUUUUCGAUCAAAAGAUUACGAGGCCAGUGCUGAGAUGUUUGAGAAUUCAAUGCUUUAUGUCCCGUAUGAUAUAGAAAAUAGAAUCCUUCGAGCAAAGGGCUUCAGAGUGUUGUGUCUCUGCCAUCUUGGCCUUUCCCAGUUGGAUCGAGCUCAAGAAUAUAUUAAUGAGGCUGAAAAGUUUAAGAUCUACCUGCAAAAGAAUGAGCUCAAUAAAGCUAUUGCUCAGAUGCAAGCAAUGUCAACCUGCCCUGAUUUCAGUCUAGACUUCCUCUCCCUUUCUGCUCAUGAAGCUGUUGCUUGCCGUGCUCUAUCGGUUGCUGUCGCAUCUCUAUCCCAUCUGCUAAAUUUUUACUCCGUAGGGAAACCAAUGCCAAUGACUGAAGUCAUGGUUCUUCGUACCCUAGUCACAGUCCUAAUGCAAGAGCCUGACAACGAGUCUGAUAUUCUUAAAUAUAUGAAACGAGCUCAUGCUCGGUUGUCUGAACUUGGACCUGACAGCUUCCUUGGGAAAGGCGAAGUUGGAAGACGGGAAUGGAAUUGGUUUGCAGUAAACUUAUGGAAUAUUGGCGCAAGAACUGGGAAGGAGAAUAAGUACGAAUUGUGUGCAGAAUUCUUUAGAUUGGCAUCAGAGUUUUUUAGUAUUAAGGUUGAUGGCGAAGUGGAGGGAAAUAAUGUGAUGGUUUGCAAAUCACUGAUAUUGACUGUGUCUGCCAUGAUAGCUGAUGAGAAGCAAAGAAAUGCAACAUUGCUGGAUACUGAAGUCAAACAAGCCAUUGAACUGCUAGAUAGAGCUGGAAAGGUAACAAUCAGCUCUCGAAUUGUGUCAUAAAUUGUGCACAGAAGUUUCAGUCAGAGAUGGGGUAAUUCAGUUAAAAUACAGCUUUUAUUUGAUGACUUUCAUGGUUGGUUGCAGAUACUAUCGUUAAUUUCAGCUGGAACUCGAUCAGGUGAUGAUCAGAUCACUGCUGUGGGGUCCAACUUCUUCUUUGUAUACACUUGGACUUCGUAUGAUCUACAUUCAAGGCUCAGUGAUGUGGGAUCUCAGCAGCUCCUCCUGAUAAAGAGCUUUGCUAGCUCAAAGUUUUGCAAUCCAAUGUACCUCCUUCAGCUAGGCGUUAGUGCCUCUCAAGGGCCAAGGUCCAACCCUGAAGUAGCUACCUUCUCCUUAAAUACGUGCCUCUCGUCCCUCCUCGCUUCCCCUUUGCCAGAUUAUCAAUGUGUGGCUCUUGUUCUCAGGAAACUGAUUUCUGUGGUUGCCAUUCAUAAGGGGAAUACAGAUGAUGAUGUAGUUUAUGGGGCAUACAAGCAAGCAUACCGGAUCAUGGUGGGGUUGAAGGAAGGGGAGUAUCCGAUUGAAGAGGGGAAAUGGCUUGCCAUGACAGCAUGGAACCGCGCUGCUCUCCCCGUGAGGCUGGGGCAUGUUGAGUCAGCAAAGAGGUGGAUGGAUAUUGGAUUGGAACUGGCUGGGAAGGUUCCGGGAAUGCAAACUUAUAGGUCAUGCAUGGAAGAUUUCGUUGCUGGCUUUGAGAAGAAAUUUCAUGCCCAUGACAAACCUGAAAACAGGUCUCUAGUAGUAACAUAAUUUGCAAGUCUUCAUCUUGUACAGAAGAUCAAUGGUACAGCUUCAAGGUCUUGGGACUCUUGCACAAAUGGCUAUCGGUACAAUCCAUUCUUUUUGAUGUCCAGUUGAGACUUUAUGCACCUAGCCCCGCCUUCUGUCUUCAGAUUCUGAUACGUGGAUAGCAAAAGCAGAUUUCUCGUACGUAUGCAAUGCAUGGAAUGCUUCAAGUUAUCGGAUUUUGUCAUUUACAUACUUAAUGGGGAAGUAUGCACACACGCUAAGAUGCAGAUCUCAAUGUCAUUGCUU